AUGGCUGAAAACAGUCCAGACAGUUAUCAGAAGUUCAUACAGCGACAUAUGAAAGAAGGAAAAGACUUCAUGAAGCCCCCAGAACCAUUCAUGUGCAUACAAACUAAAAUAUUGCUUCCAGAAGAGAGGUUGCUAUUCAUUAAUAUCUGUGGCUGGAAAAGGGUACCAGCUCCUCAGUCUGACAUAGAUCCUGUGCCUUUAUUAGCUGGGAAAUUCGAGGAUACAUCUGAAGGAAAAGUGUGUGUGUUAGUUAUUGACAUUGCAUACAGCCCAGUGGUAUUGAAGGAAGCAGAGAGCGAUCGAGUGGAACAGGAUCAGCUCAUCCGCUUGGCAAUUAAAUACAUUGAACAGCAACACAAAAUCACCCUCUGCCAUUCUUACCAUAUUGCACCAUUCAGACAAAAGGGUAAUUUACAGAUGCUGAAGAACAAUUUAGAUGGUCAGCAGAAAAAGACAAAAAAGACAAACGCAAAAUCAGAAAAGGAGUUAAAAAACAUUUCAAUGAAAGAAGAAGAAAAAGAAGAACCGAGUCCACGCAUCCAAAUAAUGAAGGAGAGUGAUCCCAGGCCUGUGAAAGCAGGUCUGAUAGAGGUGAUCUCCAGUACAGAGCUGAAUGAGGAAGAUCUGCUCACAACUCCCCAACAUGAAUUGUCUGUUGUUAACAACCUGUCCGGAAAACCACAGAAAAUAAUCCUGAGAGCUGUACUACAUGGAGUUCGCUCUGUUUCUGAAUGUGAUCUAAGUGUAUCUAAGGUAACAGGAGAAACACUAAUACAAAUUAAAAACCAUCUGCAUACACUUAAAAGUCCACCUUCGGGAACAUGUUACAUGUUCCACCCAUUUUUAGGGUGGAACAUGUAG